AUGACGCCUCGGUUUUCGACUCAUCGCGAGUUGCAAGCCUACUAUGAGCAUCAAUUUGACGUUGAUGUCGCAGAAGGAAAAUAUGCUCCGUUCACUCUACUCCUCACGCUGCUUCCAGUCCUCUUAGCAUAUGCGUAUUUCUUGCUUCCCCAUCUGCUUUCAUACCUGGUGUAUGUCAAUAUACACUAUCGAAAUAAGAAAGUAGCCACAGCUUUUGCUGUUGGACUUGUAUCUACGUGGACUCUACUUUGGUUUGGCGUCAUGAUGCUCGUCUACGACCCACAGACUGAGUUCAAGAGAGUUGAGUGGGGCGGAAGGAGGCGCCCAGCGAAAGAGACCAUGGUGGAUAGGAGUAAAAAUGGGCGAAGACGUGCAUCAUCAUACCAGAAUCUGCAUGAUGCCAUUGUGCACGAGACUACACAGCCCUACAAGGAUUCAUAUUGUCCAGACACAGGCAUGUACUAUUACAAAUGGCAACACUACCCCGAGGAGUCUUUCAGCAAACGUCUUCUAUGGGUCACUGAUCUUCUCGCGAACUUUCGCGCCAUUGCUUGGAAUUUCCACGUACCCGGGCCGCCGCCACCACCCCAAGCUGUCCAAGAUGAACUGCAGUACUAUACUAAGGAACAGCAGACUAAAAUCGGAGACUCUAAACUUGGUGCAGACGGCACACAGGGCUACAGCACCCGAAAAGAGCUCCUCCAAAAGAAUCUUCGACUACUUCUGCUAGGCUAUAUGAAGCUCGACUUUCUCAAGGUCGUACUCAUGAAGGAUCCGUACUUUUGGGGCUACACCGAUGCUGCUCCGCCAUCAUACUACCCCACCAUCGUAGCUGAAACCCCAUUCAUCGUAAAGUCAUCGCGUCUGAUUUUUACGAUGGUCGGAGUAUGGGUCGCCAUUGAAACAAUAUUUAGCCUCUCGCCACUGUUCUUCAGCGGACUUCUCGGCCCGAAAUGGAUUGGAGCACACGCGGAGCCAUGGGUGUAUCCAGACACGUGGGGAUCAUUCAGUAACAUAUACGAUCGUGGGCUUUUUGGAUUUUGGGGCAGCUUCUGGCACCAGACCUUUCGUUUUGCCUUUGAAGCACCAUCCAAACCUAUCAUCAGGGUCUUUGGUGUGGACAAAAAAUCGACAUCUGCGCUGCUCAUCCGCCUCUUUACGGCAUUUUGUCUAUCUGGUUUGAUGCACGGCAUGGGUAGCUACACUUCUGCUGGCAACACGAUAGUGGGUAAUACAAGCCCCUUGACUGGAUCCUUUCUCUAUUUUCUGCUUCAACCACUUGGACUGAUGCUUGAGCGCUUCGGUAUCAGUCUGGUGAGAAAGACAGGGCUUUCACAACGCACACCGAAAAGAGCUGCCCAGGUUUUUAGAUUUAUUUGGGUGUACACCUGGCUGCAUUCGACUUCCAGUCUCCUUGCCGAUGACUUUGCAAGGGCAGGGAUUUGGCUAUUUGAACCAUGUCCGAUAAGCCCUCUGCGAGGGCUAGGACUUGGUGUGGAGGGAGACGGUCUGUUUACAUGGGGCCCACCGAGUGAAUGGCUGUACUACUACAACAGUGGGAAGUGGUGGUCAUCUGGGUAUCAUCUUUAGACAUAGCAUCACGGGUUAUAGCUGUACUUGGCCUAUCAUGGAAGCAACUGAACUGGGAUGUCAAGGAUACAUGCGACGCAUAUGUAUAGAUAUCGUGAGAUAGAAGCCUAAUGAAUGAGGAAGAAGGUCU